CAGAAGAGGAGGAAGAUGUUCGAUUCACGUUGUGGGUGUGGUCGAAGAUUUAGGUUAAAGGGACAUCUGAAGAGGCAUAUGAGACAAGUUUGCAACAAUAAUUUUACCUGGAAAUCUCAGCAAAAAAAAAAAAAUGUGUUGAGACACCAGGUGGCGCUUUAGCAGCUCCUCUGACAAACUGUAUCCCAGACACAACAAGUGAGCAACAUGUUCGCUCCGAGCCUCGAGGUGCAGAAGAGGAGCAACAUGUUCGCCGUGCAGCUGCUGCGAGUGUCGGUACAUGAGCGGAUCGGCGCCGCUGCUGAAGACUUCCUGCUGCAGGUGGAGAAAGGAGAAGAAGCGGCUCGAGUCCCGGCGCUGAGAGCGCUGCUCACCGAGCGGCUAACGGCGGCGGCGGAGGAGAUCGUCGGUCUGUUAGAGGAAACCGUGGCGGAGUACGAAGACCGAGUGGAGCGGUCCGAGCGGGAGAUCUGCCGCCAGAGGAGGCUGCUCGAUGCCGUGCUGAAGCCCGAAGUCAGGCUGCACCGAGCAGAUGUCCAGCAGCUGAUGGUGGGUGAAGAAGAGUUUCCUCCUGAGCAGCAGCAGUGGAGCCCCAGUGUGAAGCACAUUAAAGAGGAGGAGGAGCUAGAGCCCCCCCACAUUAAAAAGGAGCAGGAGGAAGUGUGGAGCAGUCAGGAAGGAGAGCAGCUUCAAGAGCUGGAGCAAGCUGAUAUCACCAAGUUCACUGUGAAGAGUGAGGAAGAUGAAAAGAAACCUCAAACUGAGGAGAACAGAGAGCACUGUGAAGGACCAGAACCAGCCAGAAACUCAGGUCCUGAUGGACAUUUAGUACCAGGUCCUAAGGACCAGACUGAAGACUCUUCUGACCCUAAGACUGAUGAACGUGAAGAUGAGUGGAAGGAGACCAGAGAACCAUCAAGUUCAAAGACACUCAAAAACAGUAAAGUGUCUGCUGGUGCUAUGAGACGUGGGACUGGUGAGAAACCACAUAGCUGUUCUGAGUGUGGUCAAAGUUUUAGGGAAAAGGGAAACCUGCAGAAACAUAUGACGAUUCAUACAGGAGAGAAACCAUUUAGUUGUUCUGAGUGUGGUCAACAUUUUAGGGAAAAGGGAAGCAUGCAGAAACAUAUGAUGAUUCAUACAGGAGAGAACACAUGCAACUGCUCUAACUGUGGUAAAAUCUUCAGGCGAAAGGGCGACCUGCUGAGACAUAUGAGGAUCCAUACAGGAGAGAAACCAUUUAGUUGUUCUGAGUGUGGUCAAAGAUUUACUCAAAAGGGAAACCUGCAAGAACAUAUGAGAAUUCAUACAGGAGAGAAACCAUUUAGUUGCAGCGUUUGCAACAAAAGAUUUUCCUGGAAUUAUCAGCGAAAAAAACAUAAGUGUGUUAGUGUGUCCACAAAGCUUCAUCAGAGUCAGACUGAGGAAAACAGAGAGGACUGUGGAGAUCCAGAACCAGCCAGGAACUCAGGUCCUGACGGACAUUUAGAACCAGUUCCUGAGGACCAGACUGAAAACUCUUCUGAACCUGACACUGAUGACAGUAAAGAUUGGAAGGAGACCAGAGAACAAUCGGGCUCAAAGACACUCAAAAAUAAUAAAGUGUCUGCUGCUUAUAUGAGCUGUAGUACUGGUGAGGAACCAUAUAGCUGUUCUGAGUGUGGUCAAAGAUUUAGGAUAAAGACACACUGGCAGAAACAUAUGAGAAUUCAUAGAGGAAUGAAACCAUUUAGUUGCCCUGAGUGUUGCCUAGGACUUUCGGAAAAGAGAAGUCUGCAGCAACAUAUGAUGAUUCAUACAGGAGAGAAACCAUUAAGUUGUUCUGAGUGUAGUCAAAGAUUUAGGCAUAAAGAAAGCCUGCAGAAACACAUGAUGAUUCAUACAGGAGAGAAACCAUUUAGUUGUUCCGAGUGUGGUCUAAGAUUUAGGAUAAAGAGAGACAUGCAGACACACAUGAUGAUUCAUACAGGAGAGAAACCAUAUAGUUGCUCUGAGUGUGGUCAAAGAUGUAGACGAAAGGAACAUCUGAGGUUACAUAUGAGAAUUCAUACAGGAGAGAAACCAUUUAGUUGUUUGGAGUGUUGUCAAAGAUUUCGUCUAAAGGGAACCCUGCAGCAACAUAUGAAAAUUCAUACAGGAGAGAAGCCAUUCAGUUGUUCCGAGUGUGGUCAAAGAUUUAAUCAGAAGCAAACGCUGAAGUCACAUAUGAGGAUUCAUACAGGAGAGAAGCCAUUUAGUUGUUCCGAGUGUGGUCAAAGAUUUAAUCAGAAGCAAACGCUGAAGUCACAUAUGAGGAUUCAUACAGGAGAGAAACCACUUAGUUGCAGAGUUUGCAACAAAAGAUUUACCUGGAAUUAUCAGCGAAAAAAACAUCAGUGUGUUGGUGAGUCCUCACAGCUUCAUCCAAGUCAGACUGAGGAGACAAAGAAGAAUGUGGAGGAACAGAACCAGCUAGGAACUCAGGUCCUGAUGGACAUUUAGAACCAGGUCCUGAUAACCAGGCUGAAAAAACUAUUCAAGAGGAACUUCUGUUGCAAACGAUACAGUUAGAACGUCCAGAUAUUUAGCCUGCUAGACGUGACGUGUGAUGACAAAAUGUUUUUCUACACUCUAUACUCCUGACAGUAGAAUAAGCCAUUUUAAACCAAUCUCCCUGAGUAAUUCAUCACUCAAUCUGAAUAAUAUAAUGGUAAAACGGGCAGUCAUGCAAACAAAAGAUUAAAAUGCUGUGCUGUCAUAUAAGUUUUUGGUCAUACCGCCAAGCACUACCUCCACUUUUGAAACUGACAUUCAAUACAUUCAUAGUCUUUCUGCUCAUCAUCCUCCAUUGACAACUGAGCGACUUCUGGGUCUGCACCAUCUACCUGAACUCAGUCAUUCGGGCUCACGCUCUGUUUCCUCUGAGGAACAUCGUCCAACGUUUUUCGUCCCUGCACACGAGCCAAUCGCAGUCUAGUCUGUACUGCUCUGUGGUUGGUCGAUGGUCCAUCUCUGCAGACUCGCGUGUCAUAGGACAUGAAAUUUUCCAAUGAUUGAAACUCAACAAAACCUCUUGUUCAAAUUCGUUUUUGACCUUCUCCAAGGAGGUUUUAUGUUUUUACCUGUUUGUUUGUGAGCAGCAUGAUGAAUAGCUCCUGAACAGAUUUCAAGUGAACUUGGUGGAAGGAUGGAACAUGGAGCAAGAAAGAAUCCAUGAAAUGUUGGUGUAGAUCUGGACAAAGGGGCGGAGCCAGGAAUGUUAUAUCUCUUUCUCAAUCUCUUUCUGGUGAUAUGAUAGACAGAUAGAUGGUUUGUUAACAUGUUUACAUAUUUCUCAAAAGAAUAAUUCAUGGUUCUUCAUGAUAAUAUAAUAAGACAUUAAGUGGACUGAUUCUAUGAGUCUGUGAGGUUUGGUGCAGUUGUUGUUCUCACUGAUAUUCUAGUUAAUUACAUCUCAUAAUUAUGUGUAAAUUUGAAUAUACAAUCACACACACACAUGUAUGUAUGUAUAUACACUGAAAUAAAGGGAACAAGGUUGGAUUCAGAAAUACACACAAAAUUCCCACGUUUUCUUCAGACGUAAUUUUAAUGACAGAAAACUUUCAAUCAAACUGUUUUCACAACAAAAAUUAUUCAACCGGUCUCAUGUUGACGUCCAAAUGUUGAUCAUCAUUUCAACAGUCAAAAAAUGGAAUAUGAGGAAGUUUUUAUGGAGCAGAGUCGACAUUAAGUGAUUUUUAACCGCGAAAAUAAUUCGUCUCCAGCUUCGCUGAUCGGAAAAACGUUAUCUUUCUUCGUUUCCGUCUGUUUAACAAACAAAACAAGUAUGUUUGCUAAAGAUAACCUUCAUCUUAUAGAACAAACAAUGCAGAAAAGACAUGUAUUCAUGUUUAUAUAUAACGUAAUAAUUAAUAAAGUCAAGUUUGUUUA